GAGAAGUGAAAUGGGAAAAGCAACUUGAGUGCGAAUCGAGGUGAAGAAGAUUCUGUGGGAGUGAUGGUCUCGCUUAUGUGGUGUGUGAACGUAAGUCCAAGCGAAAAUGAAGCACUCGCUCCAUUUGUCGUGCGUUAGCUGAUCAAUGCAAACAUGUUAGGGUAGUAGUAGUUGGUUCGUUUUUUUUCGCCUACAAUUAGAUGCAAGAGCAGGUCAUUUGUUUCCGAAUCGUAAACGUCAAGUGACUUCUGCGACUGCAUGUCAGCCCCCGACCCGGCCCGCCGUUGCGCGGGCACGUCGCCCCCGCGCAGCAGAAUCAGGUGCUCGAUCAGAAAUCGACAAACGCAGCGAAGACUCGGCGAGCUUCAUCUGGCGUUCUUGCGAGGGGAGUUCAAACCGGUUCGAAGUUGCUGGCAGGGUGUAAUGCAGUCCAUCUCUUUGCCGCCGUCGCUGUGGCGGACGACGUGCAAGACAACAUGGGAAAAAGCAAGGCUGCGGUCGACGCCGGUGGAGCAAGCGAGUUUAGCGACGAGCGGGAGCAGCAGCCGGUGGAGGAGGCUUUUUUGGAGCAGGACCAGCAACUACCGUUUCCCUUUCGCCUUCCGCUUCCCCGCUUUCCACGAAGGGAGAUACAAGUUUCCAAUGGACCAGAACCGGAGGCGAAGCCAAAACCGAAGGCGAAGUACACGGUAAAUUGAAAGAGUUUCGGUUUUUUGUUGUCCUAGUCCUUCUUGUCGCGGCUCCCACGCUAUCACAGAAUUUGAAAUGAUUCAUUAGAACUAGUGCGCAUACAUCCAAAAAAGCUUCUUGAUGUAAUCUGUGACUUUCUGCGGCCUUACCGGUGAGGUAACGAGGACGACGAAACAAGAGAGAUAUUCAUGGUUGUGCUACAUAUACCUCGAGUGCGCUUUCAGAUCUCAACGUUGAGACCUCCUAGCUCAACGUUGAGAAAUAUGUCUCAACGGCCGGCGCACCAAAUCGAUGCCGCCCGCUCCACUGGUUUAUGGUUUCGGGUUUAGGGCUUGGGGUUUAGGGUCGUCGGGCAGGUCGGCCGCCGCCGGCCCGGCGCUGCUCCUUCAUCGCUGCGCUUGUGCUGUUUCUCCCCGGCCCGCGUGCCCGCCUCGUUGUGCCUUUUAUUUUUCUAAAUGUGUGGCCUUCGUUGCCUGCCCUGUGGCUCUGCUUUUCCCAUAGGCUUACCGGCCUUCUCCCCGGUAAAUUCCUGCGUGUGUUUUUUGUUGAGGCCAGUCGUUAAGGUCCUCGGAAAGUCGCGGAGGCCUCCCAGGCCGUUGAUAUGCACUCGUUGAGACGCAACCGCUUUACAAGAGUAAUUUGGAAGGUUUUCGCUCGUGUUUUAGCAUGAGGCCGUGCAUGGUAUUGAGAUGCAACCGUUGAGAUUUUAUUCAUCUUGCUCAAGACAAGAAAUGAUAUUUAAAUUUAUAUAUUCGAAGUGCUACGCAAAAGUACUGCACAUCCAUGUCAUGAAGACCAGGAGAUAGCAAAAGCACUGCACAUCCAUGAAAGAACUUAGCGCGAAGCUACACGGAAACGCCACGGAGUAAAGCAGUUGAUGACGAUGAUGAUGAUGAUGAUGAUGACGAAGGCCCAUGCAUGAGCUAGAAGACUGAACGCAUGAAACGAAGAUAGAAAGGGACCAGGAGAGAACGGAAGAAAAACAAAAAUGAACCGAGGCACACCGCUCGCCGCUUGAACAAAGUUUCAUCAGGGGAUUGAAGAAUUCUCACUAUUUCUAUUUGCACUAACCACAGGCGGCGGCUAGAGGCAGAGCGUGGACCCUGUCAGACGAGGAAGUAUUGAAACUAGGGGAAACAGUCAUGGAGCCGCAGGGACGAACUGACUUCGAAAGAAGGAAGGCGGCUCAGCAGGCGGCUCGAAAGCUGGAGCUUUGGAUGGGGGGAACAGGCAUCCGAGCCCUCACGAGUCUCCGGGAGCAACGGAUGUUCGAAGGACGCAGCCUCGAAGACGUGGAACAGAUGAUACGCAGGGUACAAAGAGGAUUUCCGUUGGAUAUUGAUGUUCUUGCAAAAACGAUGUAGAGGACAAUUUUCUGUGUGUACUUCUAGUGCAGCGGCUAGCUGUGAGAUAGAUUCAUUUUUAUGCAACUUCUUUGGCACUGCCGCUGCUCUACAUCAGAACUUGAACUGGACAAGAGUUUUUCUUAAAAUGUAAUUGAAAACUACUGGAGGUGAGCGCGGGGUUGCCCACGGAAGACAUACACGAUUGAGCGGCGUGAACAGAUUCCCGGAAUCACAGAUUGCCGGAAUCGACAUGCAUUUCUAUUUCCACACUCCAUCGAAGAAGUGGAAACCACGGAGCAAAAACUGCACCAGCAAACUCUUGCAACAACUUGAAGCCUUUGUCAAUUGCAGAAAUCGCAUUGAACGACCGAGAUGAAGAAAGGAGAAGGACAGUUGUAGUUUUAGUUUAGUAAGUUUUACUUCGUGGACAAAAAGAAACUGAAACACUUCUUUACACUGCUCCUAACGCGACUGUAGCAGCAACAGAAACAGAUGGGAAUGUGCAGAGGAGCACGUAGACAUAGAGAUACGACUAAAUAUGCAGUGUGUGCAGCUGUCCUGUGUAUUGCGUCGCCUUGUUUAUUUGCUGUCAAGAGUGGUGCGCUGUAGGAGGUAAUAGCAAUUCAUUGCCCUCAUUGGUAACGAUACAUCAGUCUAAAACUCCAUUCGGUCGUCGAAAAUACCGCAGCAUGAGGAUGCUUUUUU